AACAAGGGCACCACUGAUUGCAAUCAAAUUGCUACUCAUGUUCAUCAGGUAUGUAUUUUUUCCCCUAAAAUAUGAUAUAGCAUUUGGUGCAUGCAAUUCAUUUCACUAAUAAAUGUCAAAUAAUCACUGCCAGAAUCCAUAAUCACUGUCAAAAUACAUGUCCCCCUAUAAAUUCUGAAAAAAUAAACCAAGCCCAAAGUUCGCACUAGUCCAUCUAGGCGAUUAUCUUCCUCGCUACAUAUAUAUAUUAUUUCAAUAAUUAUAUAGUUCAUUUAUCCUAGGGCCGCCAACUGCACUUGGAAAAGGAAGUAAGCAAUGCGUUAUUUACAAACAAAAGUAGAAAGGGUGCGUCAAGUUCUAGACGUCAGAGACACCAGUUUCAUCCCUCAACUCAACUUGCAAAAACCACUAUGCAAGUCCUCAAUGGAGAUGAUGUUUACACCGCUAUGAGAAGAUCCUUGCAUCUUGGGACUAUCUUUGAUGAGUCCAACUAUUCCAAUGAUCCUUGCAGCAAUGAAUAUAAAGUUGGAGAAGAUGAGAUUGGAGGUUAUGGCUGUGCCAAUGAGGCAAAUGCCACACACUCAUCUGAUGAUCACAAUGUUGUUGUUCCUGAUCUAUCCUGCAAUAUAGCAGAUGAUGUUUCACAGGAGAUUAUGAGCAAGGCUACUACUUGUGUUGAUCAUCGGAAGCAAGACACCACACGAACUGAUGGGCCAGCAGCUAUGAGUGCUGAUGAAGCUAAUGCUACAUUCUCAACUGGUAACCUGCAGCAGGUUAAUGUCAUUGUGACCUGCAAUGGAGAUGGUUCACAAGAGAGCAUACAGAAGAAUACUUGUGAUGACCAGCAUGCCCCCACAGGAAGUAAGCCAGAAACUUUCAGACUUGUGAACUAUUCAGACUCCGAGAGCGAUUAAAUAGAGGCAUGUCCGAGAUAAUUAGGAUGGAAAUUGUAGCGAGCUGAAGAAUGGCAAAUAAAAAUAAAGGUUCCAAAAAACGAUAUUGAUGGCCAUACAUCUCGCCCAUGGCAGUAUUUGUAUAUUUUCAUCAUGCGAAAUAAGUAUUUAUGGUGACACUUGCUUGUAUGCACAUCGGGGAAUGUAGAGGAACUGGAAUAAUUUAUCAUUUUCCUAAAAUGUAUGGUUUUGUUUUGUUCUUUUUAGAAACAGUGCACUAAGUUCGUAUGAAUAGUUUCUAAUUGUGACUCCAACAAUCUAUUUUCUACAGUUUGUACUAAUGUGUGUGAUUUGUGAUGAGCCGAAAAAACUAUUUAUUUGGUACUCUCACACUAUCAGUAAUGACAACUAUAGUAUGUGCAGGUUAAGAAUGGAGACC